UCUAAACUCGUCGACCUCGACACAUAACUGAGAUGUCCUGUGCUAACGUUAUCCAAGUCUUAGUUUAGCAAUCCCCUUUGUCUUCAAACUACAUGCAAUACUAGAUAGCUAGCUAUGUCUACAACCUCUAAAGUUGUACUGGGUGUUUCUGUGAUACUUACGGUGAGCACCGUUGCAGGAGUGCAUCUCAAGCAAAACUGGGAUCAAGAGAGACUUCAUGCGGGAGUACUUAGAGACAUUGAACGUUUGGAGAGGAAGAGAGAGAACCUGCGAGUGCUCGAGCAACAAAGAAGUCUGACCAAGGAGCUCAAGGCAGAGCGCGACAGGAGAGAAUCGGGGCAGCAGGGCUCCGACCAACCCCAGGAGUAAACUGUCUGACUCCACCUGGUUAUGAUGGAAAGAGGUGUUGAGCAGAGGAGCCAAGUGGAAGAUGAGGCCAUGUGCACCUCUGCCUCGGAGGGGCUGGAGGAGGGUGAGGUGGAGG